AUGGACUUGUUACGGGAUUCAUUAAACAAGGUUAAGUUGAUUCAGGAGAGGCUUCUUAUAGCCCAGAGCAGACAGAAUAGCUAUGGGGAUCGGAAGGUUCGUGACUUAGAGUUCAUAGUUAGUGAGCGAGUAUUGCUCAAGGUUUUACCCAUGAGGUUUGGAAAGAAAGGAAAGUUGAGCCCUAGGCACAUUGGUCCUUUUGAGAUCGUUGAGCACAUUAGUCCUUUUGAGAUCGUUGAGCACAUUGGUGAGGUAGCUUAUGAGUUGGCGUUCCCUCCUGGCUUAUCGGAACCUGAUUAUGAGGAGGAGCCAAUUGCCAUCUUAGAUAGGCAGAUGCGCAAGUUGAGGUCAAAAGAGAUUGUUUCGGUAAAGGUUCAGUGGAGGCAUCACUCGGUUGAGGAGGCGACCAGGGAGACUGAGCUGGACAUGCGUAUGAGAUACCCUCAGCUUUUCACCGAUUCAGCCCUCUGGACCCUCCCCUAG